AUGUUUUCCGCAUCUCAACGUUAUCAAAGGAGCCCCAUUGGAUCCAAUUAUGAUUGGCUAACCACAUCCAUCAUUCCCAGGACCCGCUCAGCAACCGAUGCCUUUGGGAUGGACAGCCGGUCGCAAGCAACGCCUAACCUCCGGCAACAACCCCCCCAGGAUGGGCUCUUCCAUGAAGAAGAGCCCGAUUAUCGGACUAUGUUGGCAGACGAACCAUUCACACCCAGCUUAAUGCGUCUUGAAGCAAGACCUCACUCUUCAGGACUCAGUUCUGGGCAAGACUUGAUUAACCCACUUGCUUUAUCAAAUAUUGUUAGCACAAUCGGUGCUCAGUUUGGACUCUCUUCGAGUGUAAUAUCUGAUGUGGACAAAGUUUUUCAGCAACCUGACCAACAGAGACGUCAGAUAGCUCUGGUUUGCUUCUUGGCCUCAAAAUUUCAAUCCCAUCAACAGAACCUCUCUACACCAGAGUUACCGACUGUACCUCAAUCAGAUCCAACCAAAGUGACCGAAUGGAAAGCUCUCGAGGACGUUCGAUCUUACUCAGCCGCGAACUCAAUGCGCACAGUUCCGGUUCUAGAAUCCCUUGAGAAUUUGGUGAUUGUUGUUAAGGAUAUCGCCAAAACCGAGAAAAGCAAAUUUCAACAAGGACUCCUUGUCCAUAUUAAAGAUCCCGAACUCGAUUCCAAAGUUCCCAAGUUGGAAAACCUCUACUUUCAACUUCGUCGCACACGAGCUCCAAAGGAAUUGACCAAAUCCAAUGAUACAAUCUGGGACGCCACUUCUCUCGGAGACAAAUGCCGGAUCGCACUUCUGCGUCUUGAAGGCACAAUUUUUCAUAUGGAGAAAAAGGACUCUACCCAGCCAUGUAGCGGUACAAAGGACAAAGGUGACCGAUCAAUGUGGGAUCCAGUCGAUGAACGACUUUCUUGGGUCCGAGGUCUACCCAGGGACCAACAAAAGUCCUUCUACAGAUGGGUUAUACAGUACGACACCGUCCUUUUUACUGGAGCGCAGAGCUUUGAACAAAUCAAAACUGCCACCUCCAAUGAUAUACAUAUCAUCACCCCAGAGGCGUUAAAGAUAUGGAUCAGUGAAGGCGAACCUGAGAUAAAGUCCCCGUUGUAA